AUGGUGGCGUCAUCACAAGCCGUAUCGCAUACCUCGUUGCCCACUCCGAACUUGGGCGUAUCAAAGGGGGCGCAAAUCUCUGCACCUUUGACCCUUUCACAGCUGGCCAUCGUUAAAUCAACGGCGCCUAUCCUCAAGGAAAAUGGCGAGAAGAUCACCAGCCUAUUUUACGGCAACAUGAUUGAACACCACCCAGAGCUACAUCAUAUCUUCAAUCAGACAGGGCAGGUCACCGGUGCCCAACCGCGGGCGUUAGCAGGAGCAGUGUUUGCCUAUGCCAGCUAUGUUGAUGACUUGGGAAAACUUCAAACUCUCGUUGAGCGCAUUGCGCACAAGCAUGUUAGCCUCACAAUCCAGCCCGAGCAGUACUCAAUCGUAGGAAAGUACCUCAUUGAGGCAGUCGCAACCGUGCUGGGGGACGCAGUUACUCCCGAGGUAGCUGAUGCUUGGACCGCAGCCUAUGCAGCUUUGGCAGAUAUCUUCAUCAAGCGGGAGAAGCAGCUUUAUGACUCACAUAAGGACUGGACAGGAUGGAGACGAUUCAAGAUUCAGAAGAAGGUUGAAGAGUCUUCUGAGAUUACGAGCUUCUAUCUUGUUGCGGAGGACGGGCAACCUCUACCCAACUUCAAACCAGGACAGUAUAUUAGUCUUCAUGUUUCCAUCCCAGAAUUUGGGUAUAUGCAGCCGAGGCAAUAUUCUCUGAGUGACGCGCCUCACGGGGACUACUACCGCAUCAGCGUCAAGAAGGAGUCUGGGCGAGACUUGGGCCCGCGAGGAUGGGUCUCUAAUGUGCUGCACGAAAAUUACAAGGAGGGCGAUGUUGUGGAACUUACUCAUCCUACUGGGGAGUUCUUCGUUGAUCCAGUCACGGAUGACACAGCACCAAUCGUUUUGCUCUCAGCUGGCGUCGGUGUUACCCCGAUGAUAUCCAUCCUUAACAGCUUGGUUGCUACACACUCGAACCGUCCGAUCUCAUGGAUCCACGGCACACGAAGCUCGGAGUUGCAAGCCUUUAAGGAACACAUACAAAGCACAUGCAACAAGAGCCCUAAUCUUACCUCCACCGUCUUCAAUUCUCACGUUACCAAAACUGACGUGAAAGGAGUUGAUUACCAAUUUGAUGGCCGCAUGGAUUUGAAGAAAUUGCAUCAAUCGAGCGUCCUGUUCCUUGACAACAGGAGAACUCAGUAUUAUGUCUGCGGCCCAACGAACUUUAUGAAUGAUGUUCGCAGAUAUUUGAUCACCGAUGGGGUUACAAGUGAAAGAGUACACGUUGAGGUAUUUGGUGUAGGAGACGGAGAGUAG